AUGCUUCUGACGACGACACGCGCCUCGUCCCUGGUCAUCGGUCCUCGAGCAGUAGAAAAGCACGCGUACCUCGAAGGUCGAUUCUUUGGACCCCCUUCCCUCUCCCCUCUCCCUCCUCCCCUCUCUCCGCUCCCCGACACACCACAUAGCCACCUCGGUUAUCAUGGCUCUGUCGGCACCCUCAAGCGCGCCCUUUUCAUAGCCGCCAUCGCCCUGGCCGCUCUCGUCGUCGUCGAUGCGACCCAAGUCAUGCAGCGUCCUGCGGAGUACAAGGACUCGCCCAACAAGUUCUCUGUUGAUAAGAACGCGAAGACCAAGGUCGUCCACAAGCGUGCGGGCGAGAAGACCUCCGUUGCCUACUUCACUAACUGGGGUAUUUAUGGCGCGAACUUCCAGCCGAGCGACAUCAACACCGCCACCCUCACCCAUAUCCUGUACUCCUUCGCGGAUGUCUCACCUGACACCGGCACCAUCUCUCUCACCGAUUCAUACGCUGAUGAGCAGAAACACUACGACGGUGACUCAUGGAGCGAGUCUGGAAACAACCUUUACGGAUGCCUGAAGCAGAUGUACCUGAUCAAGCUUGCUCACCGCAACAUCAAGGUCCUCCUCUCCGUCGGCGGUUGGACCUACUCCCAGAGCGGCCACUUCAACUUCGUCACCGAUGCCAGCAAGCGUGCGACCUUUGUCUCCAGCGCUGUCAGCAUGGUCGAGAACUACGGCUUCGAUGGCAUCGACAUUGACUUCGAGUACCCCUCCGCGACUGACCUCGCGAGUGGCUUUGCGUCCCUCCUCACUGAGCUCCGCACUGCCUUCAACACCCUCCAGAGCCAGAAGGGCGACAGCUGCUGUCCCGCCGGCUCGGUCAACUACAGUUGGCUGAAGAUGGCCACUAUGGACGCCGCCUUGAACUACUGGAACCUCAUGGCCUACGACUACGCCGGCUCCUGGCUCACCUUCACCGACAACCAGGCCAACCUCUACGGCGGCGCGCGCACCAACGUCUCCACCGACAAGGCCAUCAAGUACUACAUCGCCAACGGCGCAUCCGCCUCCAAGAUCAACAUGGGCAUCCCCCUCUACGGCCGCGCCUUCGAGUCCACCACCGGCAUCGGCGCCUCCUACAACGGCAUCGGCCCCGGCACGAUCGAGGCGGGCGUAUACUCCUACUCGGCGCUGCCCAUCGCGGGCGCGACCGUGAUCGAGAACCUGACCGACGUCUCCUCGUACUCGUACGACGCCGCGAAGCAGGAGCUCGUCUCCUACGACUCCCCGCACAUCGCGACGAUCAAGGCCCAGUACGUGCAGUCGAACGGGCUCGCCGGCUCCAUGUUCUGGGAGCUCUCCCAGGACAAGGGCGACGCCGCGUCCUCGCUCGUCUCCACCGUCGUCGGCGUCUACGGCGCGCUCGACAGCACCAAGAACCACAUCAGCUACCCGAACAGCAAGUGGGACAACGUCCGGAGCAACAUGGGCCAGGGCGGCGGCAGCAGCAGCACCACCGCGACCUCCACCUCCACCGGGGGCUCCACGCCCACGACGACGACCGCGGGCACGACCCCCACCAAGGGCGCGUGCACCGUGUCCGCGUGGAGCGCGACGACGACCUACGUCGGCGGCAACCAGGCGAGCUACAACGGCGACCUUUGGACCGCCAAGUGGUGGACGCUCGGCGACACCCCCGGCGGCAGCGCUGGUGUCUGGACCGACAACGGCCCGUGCUAG